AUGGGAAGGCCUAAGCGUCAAGAUUUGGACAAUGCUGCUGAUAGUAAACGGUCGUUAGUUCGUGCUCGUGCAUCGCGGGAUGCAUCGUUGCGGUCAAUUAAAAAAAUAAAUACUAUAGCCGAAGAAGUUAAAUUAGAUGUUGAUCGUCGCGCAUUAUUUGAGGCUCACUAUUUGUCAUUGAAACGGUUCGUUGAUCAAUUUGAGUUAGAACAGCAAGCAGUAUUAAAUGCCCUUGUUGAUUUAGAUAAUGUAGUCGAGUUUGAAAAUGUUGAUGCUGUUGUCACUGAUACUAUGGAAGAGGUAUGUGCAAACAUUCAACUUAUUGCUACUGGCUUCCAUAGCACUUCUGUUAAUGUGACUGCAGAUAAUAAUGUUUCUACUGGUGCACGACAAACAGCACAGGCAAUUGUGUUACCAAAAAUUGAAUUGCCAAAAUUUGAUGGUAAUGUCCUGGGUUGGGUAUCGUUUCGUGACAUGUUUCAAUCACUAGUUCAUGACAACCCUGAUAUUUCUAAUAUUCAACGUUACCAUUUUUUAAUUUUAAGUCUGUCCGGUCCAGCACUUACAGUAGUGAAAGCGAUCCCUUUGACGGCUGAUAAUUAUAUCAUAGCUUGGAACGCAUUGAAACAGUCGUUUGAAAAUCAAAGACUAUUAGCUUCGGCACACAUUGACAAAUUGUUUUCAUUUGUGCCAUUGAAAAAAGAAUCAUUGUCGUCACUGUCGUCAUUUGUUCAUGUAUUCACUGAAAAUGUCUCUGCUAUUAAAGCACUUGGUGUCAAGGACCUAGCUGGUUUUAUUUUGUUUCAUAUUGGUGCUCGUGUAAUUGAUACAGAGACAAGGCGACUGUUCGAAGCAAGUAUUGAACAAAAUGCAGUCCCUAAUUUAGAUAUUUUAUUACAAUUUGUCGCACACAGAUGCAAAAUUUUAGAAAAUGUGGGAACGUCGGUUGGAACUAAUGACAAACCUGACAGCACUCUUAAAGGUAGUAGUAAGAAAAACAAAAGUGGCUCCCUUGGCAAAACUUCACUGUCAGUGUCUUCUACAUCCACAACAUCAAAAUGUUUAUUUUGUCAACACGAACAUCAGAUUUAUCGUUGCUUUGUAUUUAAACGCAAACCAGUUACAGUACGGCGCAAGUUUGUGAGCGAUCAUAAUUUGUGUUUUAUAUGCUUAAAAACGGGACAUAGUGUUGGUUCUUGUACUGCUUCUUUUACAUGUAAAAAAUGUGAAGGUCGUCAUAAUACACUGUUACAUAUAGAAAAUGUCGGUACAAAAAAUAACAGUGAGACGACACAGAAAGAGAAGUCAGAUGUUCAGUCCUCUACGUCCAAACCUGUUGAAAAUAACACUGUGUUCGCAGGUACGAUAGCGACACAAGCAACUGUAGUGUUAGGUACUGCGGUUGUUCGUAUACAAGAUGACACAGGUGUUACUCAUCAGGUUCGAAUUUUAUUAGAUAGUGGGUCACAGGUUUCGGCCAUUACUGCAGGUUGUGCCACCAGACUUGGUCUUAAACGCACCAGGAGUCAUGUAGAGGUAGUUGGCCUCUCUCAACAACCGGUGUCCAAGGUAAAAGGUGUUACUCAGUGCGCGUUUUUUCCGCUUCAGUCAGAUCAACCACUGUUUAAAGCAAAUAAUGUUAUAAUAUUGUCCCAAAUUACUGGAUUAAUGCCAAUGUGUUCACUCCCUGCUACGGUGCGCACGCGAUAUCAACACCUAGUACUAGCUGAUCCGGAAUUUGAUCAUCCUGGCACCGUGGACAUGUUAAUAGGAGGUGAUUUAUACCCGAUGAUUUUGCAGCCCAAAGCGGACAUCAUCCAUACGCCUGGAUUGCCGUCAGCAAUGCACACAAAUCUCGGUUGGAUAAUUGUUGGUUCACUCAGGGAUCCUACUUCAUUACCUCUGAUGUCGUUGACUAUUAGUGCAGUACCAGUCCUGAAUGAAACGUUGCAACGAUUUUGGACGGUUGAAGAGCCGACUGCCCCAGUACACUCGACCACCGAAGACGAACGAUGCGAGGAGUGGUUCUGUAAAACAGUGUCACGGGACACAUCAGGCAGAUUUUGCGUUGCUCUCCCUUUUCGGUCUACAAUAGAAGUUCAAGGUAAUCAAAAUCAGGACUUGAGUACGGCUAGUGGUCUUGGUUCUUCGCGUGCGAUGGCUCAAAACCGGUUGUUUAAUAUUGAACGUCGCCUAGCAAAGGAUCCUGAACUAUAUUCCGCGUAUCGUGACUUCAUGGAUGAAUAUCUGUCGCUCGGUCACAUGCGCCUAGCUGAGAAACCAGGGAAGUAUUUUAUCCCACAUCAUGCGGUUGUUAAACGGCAAAACGAAAAAUUAAAAAUUCGGGUAGUCUUUGAUGCGUCGGCCAAGUCAUCUUCUGGUUUAUCACUUAACGACUGCUUGGCAACUGGACCAAAAUUGCAGAGUGAUAUCACCGACAUAUUACUUCGUAGCCGUUUCCACAAGUUCUUGUUCAUCGCAGAUAUUGAGAAAAUGUACAGGCAGAUCCGAGUCAAUGAUGCAGAUUCUCCGUUUUUGGCAAUCAGAUGUUUACACCAACUGGACUCGGAAAAUGGAUCUGAAUUUCCUUUGGCAGAAAAUUUGUUGGUUACAUCAACGUAUGUUGACGACAUUGUGGCAGGUGCUGAUACCGAAAAGGAAGCUCUGGAGCUUCAGGAUCAAGUCAUAUCCCUAUUACGCAAAGGUGGGUUCCAUUUACGAAAAUGGGCCAGUAAUUGUGAGGCAGUAUUAAAAGGUAUAGCUGCUGAAGACCGCGCAAUGGACCCAUCCUUUGAACUUAAAGAUGACCAAUCAGUAAAGGUAUUAGGUUUACAUUGGAUUACUACGUCGGAUGCCUUAGGCUACCACAUUAACAUCAACAAAGUCGAACCAACCAAGCGCACCAUACUUUCAACCAUCGCUCGUCUAUACGAUCCUGUUGGAGCGUUGGGCCCUGUGGUAUUCUGGGCCAAGUGCAUUAUGCAAGAAUUGUGGAUAGAGAAAUUAGAUUGGGAUGCUUCGCCUUCGUCCGACAUAAUCGAUAAAUGGCAUAAGUUCACAACUGAACUACCUGCGUUAUCUUCCUUCUCACUCUCUCGUUAUAUCAACGCAUGCUCAUCAAAGACCAUACAGUUAUUGGGUUUCGCGGAUGCUUCUCAAAAGGGAUACGCGGCGGUGGUCUAUAUGAGAGUCAUUGAUAUGCAGGAUGAGGUAACGGUGCAUUUUCUUACGGGUAAAACAAAAGUCGCCCCUCUUAAGGCAUCACAGACGGAUGAGUCACUGACAAUACCACGGCUAGAGUUGUGUGCCGCCUUGUUACUUGCGCGACUGCUGUCUCAUCAACUCUUCGUGCUUCGUGAUAUCGUAACGAUAGAUUGUGUUCGAGCAUGGAGUGAUUCUACCAUUGUCUUGGCUUGGCUUAAUGGGGACCAAAAGCAGUUUAAGAUAUUUGUUACUAAUCGAGUGGCGAAAAUUCGCUCUCUGCUGCCACACUGUGAAUGGUCUCAUGUACGAUCAUCGGAUAACCCUGCAGAUCCUGCAUCUCGAGGCAUGCUGCCAGAAGAACUUCUUACCAAUCGAUUACAUUUAAAUGGUCCAGAGUUUCUGCAAGAUCCCAAUUGUCAGUUUUCAAGUUUGAUGCCGAAUGAGUUUUCACCUGAGCAACUUCCAGAGAUAAAAACCUCAGUUAAAAAUGUUUUAUUUGUUCAGGACAGUAUCCAGCCUUCAGACAUGAUCAGUCAAUUUUCAACAUUAACAAAAAUGCAACGUGUGUUAGCGUACUGUUUUCGUUUCGCCCGUCGUCGAAAUAUUCCGAAGAGCAGUGGACCAAUCACUCGGAUGGAAUACGAACGUGCCAUGAACGCAGCUAUUUUAUGUACGCAAAUGACAUACUUGUCGGAUCUACAAAAACAGAUACAAAAUCAAGGUUCCAUAACUCCGACAACGAUAGCCCAGCUAGCUCCCUUCAUCGAUUCGAAUGGAAUCAUUCGAGUUGGCGGAAGAUUAAAACGGGCGCUAUUAGACGAAAAUGCAAAAUAUCCAAUUCUUUUGCCUCAAAAAACACAUCUAACAGAAUUAAUCAUUCGACAUUUUCAUCAUAUCUCGUUACAUGGAGGAUCAAGAUUGGUACUUUCGAUGAUCCAUCAAAAAUUUUGGAUUAUUUCUGGUCGAGCAGCUGUCCGUAAUAUUACAUAUUCUUGUAUUCCUUGCACAAAGUUUAGAAGUAUAAACCCGCGACCUUUCAUGGGGGAUCUGCCAGCUGCUAGAGUUGUAGCGAAUCGACCAUUCUUUAACGUUGGAAUGGAUUAUGGCGGACCUUUCAUGGUUCGUGAAAGUCGACGUCGCGGUGCACGUACGAAUAAAAUAUAUUUAGCUGUAUUUGUGUGCAUGUCAGUGAAGGCUGUGCAUUUGGAAGCCGUGUCAGAUAUAUCCACAGACGCGUUCCUCGCCGCAUUGGACAGAUUCGUUGCUCGACGUGGAAUUCCCGACAGCAUGUACACCGAUUGCGGGACAAAUUAUGUAGGUGCUGCAAAACAACUGAAGAAACUGUUUGAUGAAGCUUCCAAUCAGCAUAGCUUAUAUGGUCGUAUACCGUGCAAGUGGCACUUUAACCCACCGGGAGCCCCUCAUUUUGGUGGGAUAUGGGAGGCUGCCGUCAAAAGUGCAAAAACCCAUUUAAAAAAAGUGAUUGGUGCCCAAGUAUAUACUACCGAGGAAUUCACAACACUCAUCACGCGAAUCGAAGGCGUGUUAAACUCUCGGCCGAUUGUACCGCUGUCCAGUGAUCCAAAUGAUCUAAACGUGUUAACCCCAGGUCACUUUCUAAUUGGACAACCAUUGCUAGCACUUCCAGAAGAGGAUGUAGUGAACACUCCAACCAACCGUUUAGGUCGUUGGCAAUUACUCCGUCAAGCUCAACAAUCAUUUUGGCGUCGAUGGAGCCACGAAUAUCUGCAUACACUACAGGGGAGGCAAAAGUGGUUUAGGCAGACACCAAAUCUAAUGGUUGGCGAUCUUGUAGUUAUCAACACACCAUCACGACCACCCAUGUCCUGGCAGAUAGGUCGAAUCAUUGAGGUUCAUCCAGGGGAGGACAACAUUGUGCGUGUAGCGACCGUUAAAACCCAAGAAGGCACCCUCAAACGUCCUGUCAUCAAGUUGGUAAAACUUCCAGUUGAUCCAAGACCUUAA